AUGAUCGACAACGCCCAAGCGACACCUCAAUAUCAAUAUCAAUAUCUACUGGCAUUAAGGCCAUUGCAUGCAAGUUUUCCAUCUGAGAGGCCACCCGAUGUCUCAUCUUCUCGGGCAUGCUACUUUGUACAAUUGUACGAGCACCGACUCGACUUCUCAGGGUACAUCGAAUACGAGGCUAUUUCAAUGACGAUGCACGGUCCCCAGGAACUCCAAGUAAAAAUACAAACGAUCAUUCCUCGCAACAUAGCUUACCUCCUUCAUCUAUGCCUGGCACCAGAUCCUCGCCGGGUGGAUUCAUCCCCAAGGACCAAAAACGCACCUAUCCAACACCACCUUCUUAUGCGGUUCCUCGCCCAACACCGCUUCCGCUUCUUUACUUAUACCACCAUCAAACACGAACCCACCAAUGACGCACUUGAUGUAGAUGUAUCUGCAUACUGCUCGCGCACAAGAAGUCGGCUGGAAGAUGAUAACGAGGAGCAUAUAGUGUCUCUCUUUUCCGAGUUCCUUCGCGUCAAAAACACCCCAUCCUCCGGUUCAAUGAAAGUUGAAGCGGACAAGGAAAAUCAGGGUUUUGGCAUAAAGAAUCUGAACGGCCCCCUCGAUGGAGUAGCCAGCGAUGCAUCAGGCAUACAACGAUACCAUGGCGUGAUCUAA